AUGUAUAAGUUUAAUGAGAUUAGAAGUGUUGGAAAGUCCGAACGAAUACAAAACACCUCAUUUGUUGAUGUGUCUGGUAUAUAUGGUCGAGAUGAGGAUAAGAAUACUUUACUGCGCAUGUUGUGUGAGAGUAGCGAACAACACCCCCAUAUAAUCUCUAUUAUAGGGAUGAGGGGGAUUGGUAAGACAACUAUUGCUCAAUUUGUUUUCAACAAUAAUGAGGUGAUAAACAACUUUGAUAAAGUAAUGUGGGUGUGUGUGUUAGAAUCUUUUGAUGAAUACAAGAUAGCCAAAACAAUCAUUGAGACUCUAGAAGGUUCUACUCCAAAUUUAGGUGCAUUAGAAUCACUUUUUCAGCGUAUUAGUAGAUCUAUUUUUGGAAAUAAAUUUUUGCUUAUCUUGGAUGAUGUGUGGUUAGAUGACUACAAAACAUGGGAACCAUUCUAUCAUUGUCUAAAGAAUGGUCUCCGUGGAAGUAAAAGUUUGAUUACUACACGUAAGGAAUCGGUGGCACGUAUGAUGGAAUCAGUUGACAUUAUUGUUGUCAAAGUAUUGCCCGAUGAAGAAUGUUGGUUGUUGUUUAGGCGAUUAGCAUUUUUUGGUAGAUCUCAAUAA